UCCAUCACGGCUGUAAAUUGAUCGAUUUUAUUACUACGGUAAACAGGCCAAGUUUCUUUUUGUUUGACACUCGUAAUUACGAACUGAUUGUAUCAAUGUCACAUCAAGAGUGUGGCGAUCAGAUGAUGGCCACCGAGGAUGGUGUCGUUUUGUCACCAUCAUCUGAUAAAGAUCGCCAAAGUGAGGAAAGGCCCGAAACAAUCAUUGAUGGCCAAGAUGAUGGUCGUUGUUGUGACAUUGACCAGCCACACCAAGCUCAACAACAACAACAUGUAACGAUCCAACGAAGUGAAUCAGUGAUAAAAUCGCCUUCAAAGUCAACACCGACACCUGUCAUCCAGGUAAUCGAUACGGCAAGUGGACAAAUUGAUGGUGAACAAAAGAAAUGCUCAUCAAUUUGUUCGCCUUCGAAUGGAGCCAAUUUUCUACUCAGUUCUAACAUUGCACCAAACAACCCAUUUUUACGAGCAACCAGUUUUCACACAAAUUCUUCAUUGUCAUCAUCAUCGACGUCGGCUACAUCGAAUUGUGCCGAUGGCGAUGCAUCGGAUUCAUCAUCGGGCGAAUCGCAAAUCAUUUUCGCGCCUCCCAAAUUGAUUCCAUCAUCGCUGGGGCCACCAAAUGCGACCAGCUCUUUCCUUCAGCCAACGAUACUGAAAACGUCUGAUGGCAGCAUAUCAGAUAUUCGAAAGCCAAACGAAACGAUUUCAGCAAGCAAAACAUUCAUCUCAUUGAACAAAGAAGACAUUGGAAAGAUAAAGACGCCUGCUUUCAUUCAAUUAACAUCGCCGUUAAUCACAUCGAAUGGUGGUAGCAAUACGACCAGUUUGAUUACCACAUCCAGCAGUGAUGAGACGACAUCUGUCAUGAAAAGUUCAAACACUUUGGACGGAGCGGGUACCUCGAAAAUUUUGUUUGGCCAAAAAGUCGAAGACAGAGUGGUCAUUGAUCAGUCCGAGCUGAUUGCUAACAGUAGCCAAACGGCAUCAUCAUCCACAUCAUCAGCCAAUCAUGCAUUAUCAUUUCCAUCGUCGGCUGCCACUGUAUCAUCAUCUUCGUCUUCGUGUUCAUCAUCGGAUCGUCCUCAUCUGAUAUCAUUCAGCGAUGUGUCGAAUUGUGAGGAAUCGACCAUCAUCAAAACACUGACAACACAGAGUACGGGUGACAAUGACCCAGAUUCUUCGACCUCGUUCACGUCGGUCAUUAAGAAUGGCGGCGACAGUAACGCCGAAAGCAUUUUCAAACGUAAAUACGAAGUCAUUACAGGCGAAGAAGACGAACAGAAUGUGUUGAGCAUUCACGGACGGUUGUAUGCCUGGGAUACAGAUAAAGCUUCCUGGGUAGAGAAAGGUCGUGGUCCGCUUCACCUGAACGAUGUGAUGAAGGAUGAGAAACUAUGCUCACGACUAGUGAUGCGAACGGCUGGUGCUUAUCGAUUAAUUUUGAACGCUCUUAUUGUGGCCGGCAUGACAUUCGAGUUGGCCAGCGAGAAUUGUUUACGUUUCACCUAUGUUGAUGGUAUCUACAUGAUCAAGGCAAACCCAAAAGAUAUAGACCAAUUACAUUCGGCCAUCGAACAUCGGUUACGAGAUAUAUCGAAACGGGCCCGAUCACAUGACGAUCAUUGAAUGAAUCACUUUUUCCCAUUGUCCUUUGUCCAUUUUUAUGAUACAUGAUGAUUAAAUGAGAUAUAUAUAUAUUUGAAACCAAACAAACAUACAACAUUACCCAUGGCCGGCCAUCAGUAUUGGAACAGGCCCUGCUAUGCAAACACUACUUUUAUGUGAUGUUCAAUGGUUUCAAAAUAUCUGUGUACAGAUGAUGAUGUAGAAUCGGAAAGACGACAAUAUAGUGUGCAAGGAAAUUGUAAAGAAAAACGACAACGACAACAAAAUUUCACCGGAGCGAAUCGAUUCAAUGUUUGACUAGUUUAUUUUCAAUGUUGUGUUUGUUGUAUUUAAUUUGUUCAAACGACUUGAAUAACUGGAAUGACAUUGAAUAAACAAACAAAAGUUUCCAAUAAUAA